UCAACCUAUCUCAACCUAUUUCAACAUAUCUGUAUUCAAAAUGAAAAGCCUUAAAAAAGUUUUUCUGUUUCUUUUCGUUUUGAUACAAUUAAAUAUUUUCUGUUUAUCAAAAAGCAUAGAUGAUAAUUCUGAGGAGGAUAAGUUAGAACAAUUUUUAAAGGAGAUAGCCGAACUACCUUCCCAACACUUAAUUGUUAAACGUGAUGCCGUAUCAGAGGCUGAAUUAAAUCUAAAUAAUCCUAUACCAAAAGAAGAUCUUAUCGAAUUUAUAAAGAAUAUUCCAAAAAAUAAAGUUAAACUACCAGAACUUAUUGGUGUAUUAGCUAAAACUCCUUUUCAAUUGUACAGUGAGAGAAGAAGAAAACUUCUUCUAGCUGUUAUUGAGAAAUUAGAUGAAUUGACGUCAAAGAUUUCUGAAUUAAAUUUAACAGAUGAGGAGGCAAAACCACUAAUUGAAGUAGAUGAAGAUGUACACAAUAAAUGUGUUUCAAAUGAAAAAACCGAAACAUCCGAAUUACGACAGUGUAUGCUGGAAAUUUUAAAAACUAAAGAAAUUGAAUUGUUGGAAAAGCGUGAAAAAAAAUCGAAGAAAUUUCUAAAAUCUUUGAAAAUUUUAAAAGCUGUUGAAGUCGUAGUCGAAUUCGGUCAAAAAGCCUAUGAAGUAGCUAAAGAGUUUUUGUAAUAAUAAUAAAAAAUAAUAACAAUUAAAACUCUUGACAGUGCUAAGAAAAAUUUGCCACUGUAUUUUGAAUAAUAAUAAUAAUAAUAAUAAUUAUUAUUAUUAUUAUUAUUAUAUAAUAAUAAAAACUGUGAUAGUGCUAAUAAAAAAGUUCCACUGUAUUCUGAUUAUAUGUUAAUAAAUAAUUUUUUAUUAUCUUA